AUUGGCAUGAAUAUUGGGGGCCCUAUUACACACAAUUUGUCAAUUAUCCACAUCAAUCCAACGUGUGCAAAAAAAUUUAAUCAAGGUCAAACGUUGCAAAAAUCGGUUUUUUGAGUUUUCCAGCUAAACGGUGAGUUUUAUUAUGAAAAUAGGUUAGACAAAAAUUAUUCAUUAUCCAAUUAUCUGUAAAAAUUGUUUAUACACUUUUUUUCCUAAGAAUCACCAUUUCGGAGAUAUAGCGAUGCAAAAGGUUGAAAAAGUUGUGUUACUCAUAAUAUGUAUGUCAAUUAUCGUUUUAAACGUUACAGAACGUUAAUAUAAGUAAAAAUAUUAGUUUUCGUGGCGUAUACAUACAUACUAUACAGUUGUAAGAAUAGGAACUCGAAAAAGAACCCAGUCCCUCAUUUUAUAUGACUGUACGGCCUUGAGCAACAUCUGUCUACUAUUCAAUUGUCCGCGUGGCGACGAUCGUAUACCUGCUCCUUUUUCAAGGGCCUAACUAGAUAGAAUAGUAUUAGUCUUAAGCAUUCCUUCGUAGUACGAGCACGUAGUUAGUGCAGUUUUGUGUUUGUGAUAGAAAUGUCGCAAUUUUGCUUCAUUUGUAACAAACAUUUGGCCGAAGGCGAAACAGUUACUGUUGAUCGUGGCCUAAAGACGUUAAUUGAUGCAAGUGUUGAAAGAGGUGAUGAAUUUUCUGAAUACCUGAAAGACCAGACUUCUGUGACAGUUCAUGUGCAGUGUCGAAAAAACUAUACUCGGAAGGGUACAAUUGCUGCGUUUAAAAGAAAGCAGGAAGAAGAACAAGCUGGUACAUCGAAAAUAAGUCCACCUCGCACUAGAGCACGCGUAAGUGAAUCAUUUUUUUGUUUUAAAAAGUGUUGCUUAUUUUGUGGCAAUGAAUUGAAUGAAGAGUUAGAAAACAAAAAAGCACUGAAGUAUCGGCGUAAAAUUUUCCAUGUCUCAACACUUUCAUUCAAAGAAACAAUCCUGAAUAUAGCCCAGACUCGUUCUGAUAGUUUAGCAAAAGCUGUUAUUACUCGAAUUGAGUUUGAACAUGAUUUAGUUGCUGCCGAAGCUAAAUAUCAUAAAGACUGUCAUAAUGCCUUCUUGAGACCGACUACGGGAGGUCAAGCCGGUCGUCCUCAAUCUGAAACUACAAAUCUUGCAAUGGAAGAAAUAUUUGCACACAUCGAAAAUAGUGAUGAUUGUCAAUUUACACUAGACGAAUUACAAAAUAUUUGCAAAAAUUCGUUAGAUAAUAGAACCAUUAAAUUACGAUUAAAGUUGAAGUAUGGCGAUAAAAUUAUUAUAACAGAAAAGUCAGGAGCAUCAACAUUUAUAUGUUUUGUUGAUAAUCACUAUGAUAUUUUAAAUCGAGGUAGCUACGAAAAAAAAAAACAAAUGAAAAAGAAGAGCGAUUUAGAAUCCUGAAGGCUGCGGCAGCAAUCAUUCGAGAAGAUAUUCAAUCUGCAGUAUUUGAUAAUUCUCAUUACCCCCCGCCAGGUCGCAUAUUUGAAGAUAUUAACACUCAAAUUCCAGAGUCAGUGACUUAUUUUUUGGAGAAAGUUAUCCUGAAGAAAAAGCGAUGUAAUUUAGAACAUUUGAAAUUAGUAUGCACAAAUAUUAGCCAUAGUAUUAUGGCUGCUGUUCGGCCAAGGUCUUUUAAAUCAAAAUUACAAUUGGGUCUCUCUAUUUUUUUUCAUCGGCGAUUUGGAUCAAAACGUCUCAUACAAAUUUUUUCGUCAUUCGGUUUGUGCGCAUCUUAUAAUGAUACUAUAUUGUACGAGGCAGCAGCAAUUUUUCACCGUCCACCUCACAUUUUACCACCAGAAACUGGCACAUUCAUUCAGUAUGUUGCAGACAAUGCUGAUAUAAAUGUAAAUACGCUGGACGGUCAUAACACGCUUCACAUAAUGGGUAUCAUUCAAGUUGUUACUCCAAAAAGUUCAGUUUUACUAGAAGAGCCGAUACAACGGAUAAAAGAAGCUCCUUCAGCAACAGAUUUCGCGGCAAUAGCCCAUGUGCCACUGCAGAUCUACCAAAAUGAUGGUGUAGUAGGUUAUAGUAAAAUAAUUGUCCAAGAUUUUGCUUAUGAUAGUGAAGUAAUAGUAUCUUUACUUAGAAAAGUCGAUGCGAUAUGGUUCUAUGGUAAAUGGAAGAAUUUUUCAAUACCCGGUUGGAAUGGUUUUAUUGAACAAUUAACAAAGAAUCUUAAGAAUUUUUCAACAUCUAAAAUUUUAUUUUUACCAUUUAUUCACCAACCGGCUAGUAAUUACAAUAGUAUAUACACGACUUUACUUUGUGCAUUACAAAAUGCAAAACGCUAUGGUCAUGAUGUAUGCAUUGUUACUUUUGAUCAGCCUCUGUAUGCAAAAGCUCGAGAAAUCGUAUCAGCCGCACCUGAAGGGUCUGAAUUAUCGAAGAUCAUAAUUAGGCUUGGAGGAUUUCAUCUGCUCAUGUCGUUUCUCGGUGCAAUUGGUUACAUUAUGCAAGGAAGCGGUAUAAAAGAAAUACUUUCUUUGAUUUAUGCACCUGGGUCAUUAGAAAAAAUGCUCAAUGGUCAUGCCUAUGCGAGAGCUGUUCGAGCUCAUACAUUACUUCAGUUAACUUUAGCAAUAAUAAUAUUGAAAGAGCUUGAUAUUGAUGACGUCACGGACGCUAAUCUUAUCAUUACUGCUGAAAACAUAAUAGACAACACUAUUUCAUAUAAUGAUGUUGAAAAUGAUGACGAAAUAUCUGGAGCAUUACUCGAUCAGUUCAAUGAAAAGCUAAGAGAAUAUGAAGAACGUGGACCUACCGCAAAACUUUGGAUUCGAUAUUUUUAUAUGGUAUCAAUUGUGAAGGAGUUUAUAAGGGCUGAGCGCAUGGGAGAUUGGCAAGCUCAUUUGAACAGCGUUAAAGAAAUGCUUCCUUACUUCCACGCAUCGGGACAUUUUCCUUAUGCUAAGUCUGCACACUUAUAUUUACAAGAUAUGUUACAAUUAGAAAACUAUAUGAAUCCUAGUGUUUACAAACAGUUUACAGAAGGAUGUUUUACUGUUCGACGUUCAGAUAAAUUAAGUUGCGGAACUUCAACAGAUAUGGUGAUCGAGCAGUCAAUGAUGAAAGCUAUGAAGACAGAUGGAGGUAUUGCUCGAGGGAGAAGUACAAAAGACAGUGUAAUAAGUAAAUGGGUUUAUGGUAUGCAUGCAAUGAAUACUGUUUGUGAAGGAUUGGAAGAUCUCGCUGAUGUUAGAAUGGAUACAACGGAUCAGCAUGUAGAUGCAAGUGAUUCACGAGUAAAGAAAGAUUCUAAAGACAUACAAAACCUUCUGCAGUGGUUUUCACUGCAUGAUCCGUUUCCGGAAGUUAACAAAAUUGUAUCUAUUGCCAAUGGAGUCGUUGGUGAUGAUAAAAUUAACUGUCACAAAGCUCGUGAAGUUGGAAUUGCCGCCAUGUCCAAAAUGACAGGAAUGACGUUUAAUAAUAUAAAAUUAAAACGCGCUGAUAAAGUAGUACCUCUCUUAGCUAUGAGUAGCACCGUAAAAGUUCACGAUGAGAAAGUUCCUAUCGACCCUGUAUUAUUAUUUCAACGUAUGAGUAUCACUAGCGCUUUCGAAGAUGAAAUUGAGAAAUAUUUCGAAUAUGAAUUGGCUCCGUAUCCGUUAUCACUGUUCGAUGAUGGUGGAAUGCGUAAAUCACAAAAGUCAGCCAUUUACGAUUGUUUUGAAACAGUAAACAUAGAUAUUGACAACAUAAAUGCUACGUACAUAAUCGACGGAGGAUAUCUAUUACACCGUGUAGUGUGGGAUCCCGAAGAAACAUUUAACCAUAUUUUAGAUAAAUACGUGCGGUAUGUACAUAGACAUUUUGGCCAUAGAGUGACUGUAGUAUUUGAUGGUUAUACUGAUUGCACAAAAAAUAUUAAAGCUGCAGAACAACGUCGUCGAGCUACAACAACAUCUUCAUCUUCGGACGUCAUUUUUGAUGGAUUCAUGACAGUUACCACAAGCCAACAGAAAUUUCUCGCAAAUACACACAACAAGUCUCGGUUCAUUUCAAUGUUGAAAGAAAAAUGUACAUCUGAAAAUAUUCCUGUAAAGCAAGCUGAUAAUGAUGCUGAUGUACUGAUAGUUGAAACAGCAAUAGAACAAUUUACUUCGACAAAUCCAACUAUCGUUGUUGGUGAAGAUGUUGAUUUGUUGGUAUUGCUCACUGCUCGAACGCCAACCGAAGAAAUUAUUUAUUUUUUAACACCUGGGAAGGCUCAACAACAAUCAAAAAUAUAUUCAUCCAAGAGUUUAUGUGCUUUUUCAAAAUGCCAAAAUCAUAUCUUAUUUCUACAUGCAGUAACUGGUUGCGACACGACAUCAGCAUUUUUCAGGAGAGGUAAAAGAACAGUUUUGAAAUUGUUUGAGAGACAAGAUUUAGUUGAUUGUGCUGACGUUUUCAAAGAAAGUACCUCUACUCCACAAGCUGUAAUCACCAACGGAAUUCGCUUUCUUCUUUCCAUUUACGGAGCUCCAAAAAAAAUUACGUGCUUAGAUAAGUUUCGAUACUUAUGUUUUGCUAAAAAUACGCAUAAAAAAAAAACAAGUACAACUAGCUUGUCUUCCUCCAACCUCUGCUUCUGCUCAGCAACAUCUAUUUCGAGUAUAUUAUCAAGUUCAAGUAUGGCUCGGUAAUAAACUAAACCCAGAAGACUGGGGUUGGAAGUUAAUUGACAAUAUAUUGGAACCAGUCAAGACUUUACUCCCUCCUGCACCGGAAAAACUCCUCAAUUCAAUUUUUUGCAAUUGCAAAACGGGGUGUAAUGCUAAAUGCGGCUGUAAAAAAGUUGGGUUGUUUUGUUCAUUAGCAUGUAUCAGUUGUCGAGGCCAAUCGUGCUCCAAUAUUCAAUCACCAGAAGAAGAGGAUUCUUACGAUAUAUGCGAGGAGACAUCUGAUGCAGCGCUCUUUGAACAAUUUAUUUGUACCCAGCAGGAAGAAGAAGAAGAACAAGACAGUAUGGAUUAUGUUCCAUUAGAAGAGUAUCAAUCAGACAAAUAAUUUUCUAAAAUUACUCAUUACUUACACCGCUCUUGUCAUUACAAUAGUACUAUUUUCUAUUUAAUACAAUAGCUUUUAACUCAACAGAACCACAAUAGAUCGUGGAGUAGGCCUACUGGGGAAACCACGUGAAAAAAAACGCGCCAUGUACACUACCUCACGGGUGGCGCGGAAACGUGUGCAUAUUAUGAGUAAUACAACUUUUUCAACCUUUUGCAUCGCUAUAUCUCCGAAAUGGUGAUUCUUAGGAAAAAAAGUGUAUAAACAAUUUUUACAGAUAAUUGGAUAAUGAAUAAUUUUUGUCUCACCUAUUUUCAUAAUAAAACUCACCGUUUAGCUGGAAAACUCAAAAAACCGAUUUUUGCAACGUUUGACCUUGAUUAAAUUUUUUUGCACACGUUGGAUUGAUGUGGAUAAUUGACAAAUUGUGUGUAAUAGGGCCCCCAAUAUUCAUGCCAAUUUUUAGCUGGGUGCGAAUUAAUGUAGCUUUACCCCUAUUUAUGGAGCUAAU